AAGACGCGCUGCGCCUCCACGCCUGCGCUGCACCGCUGAUACAGCCUGGGCGACAAGGGCGCCGGCAGACCAGUGGACACCGGUUGCGCCUUCAUAUGAAAGAAGAUCUCCUCAACGUUGAUUCAUAGCGAAAUUCACCAGAGAAAGCUUCACUUACAAUGGGGGACGGGGACCGUGAUGAAAAGCCGGCUUCGCCAACGUCAGGAGAGGGUGUCUCCGGACCCGCUCCGCCGGAUGUGUCGAAACCUGACAAGCAGCCGCAUGAUGCCUCUAUGGAAAGGCAAUUCGCGAGCCCCAAUAUCCUAUGUGGUGCUACGAAUGGGGAUAAUUCAGAUGCAGGAACCGCGCGGACGGGAAUCGAACCGGAGCUCACUGAGGUACAGCGGAAGGAGGGAGUCGUCCAACAACCAGAAUUUGAAGAAUUUCAACAAGAGCAAGGCAUUAUCAAAACAUUAUAUGAGGCGAGUUCUCAGAAUUUCAGAGCGCUUCUCAAACUUGCGAAGGCCUCCCGUUCUCCACGAGCUAGCAAGGGAAUCGACCCGGAAAUAACAGUAAAGAAUCCAGGCAGCAUGGAGUUAUCAAGCUCUUCUAAUUUGGCGGAACUGUCGCAGAUAGAGAGCUUGCAAAGAGACUUUAUACGUUUCAAUGUCUGGGGCGAAGAGUUCGACGUAGCUGGUGGCAAGUUGGAUGAAGAGCUUCAGUACGCUGAAGAAUUGAAGGAAGACCUCAUUGUCGUUCUACUGCAUCUCUGCGAUGCACUAUACCACGGUCGUUCUUAUUUCACAACAAGACCUGACAUGGCAGGAGGAACUGAGUAACUGAGUACAGUACGACUACUCGAGAUCGCCCAAUUAUACAUCGAAGAAGAUGUCUAUUUAGGCAUAGACGGGACCUCCUUUUCCAGCACAAUCGAUGAGAUAUCAAUCGCCAUAGAAGGGCUUGGGGAUUUGAGCUUCUGCUUGGAAGAACCAGCCGUGGAUUUGUUCGCCGUCCAGGAGACCUCAAGGGCGCCAUCCGAAGUAACAGCUGCAGAGUCGCAUCGGGUGUACGAGGAAAUGAUUCGUCAUCGCUUCCCCAAAGCUGACCCCCUUGCCAUAACUCAACAUGC